AUGGCAGACGGCAUUAAUCCACAGCCAUCGUCUUCAACAUCUAAUCCUCUGCUGCGGAACACACUGCAGAGAUCUGCUCCUGGAAUACAACAACCCUCACUGCUCACGAGCAGUUCAGUUCCAUCAGGGGUUACUUUGAGGGAUUUUAUAAGCGAUUUGGAAGAGUAUGCUCCCACUAUACCUGAUGCUGUAACCUUACAUUAUAUGCGUAAAAGUGGAGUAAAUACUACUGAUCCUCGGAUUGUAAGGCUGUUUUCCUUAGCCACCCAGAAAUUCAUAUCAGAUAUUGUCUUGGAUGCUAUGCAACAGGCACGCAUGAAGGGACUGGGGCAAACUAAAAAGGGAACUAAGGAAACUCGUUAUACGCUGACUUCUGAGCUCCUUGAACCAGUUCUUGCAGAAUAUGGAAUUGAGAUCAAAAAGCCUCCGUAUUUUCGCUAG